CAUCGAUGACGUGGACAGUUUCGUGGCGGCCGCAAGGCGUUGAAGAGGCACGGAGCGUACAAGAUAUUCGUCAUGGCGACGCACGGCAUCCUCUCCUCCGAUGCACCGAAACUCAUAGAGGAAUCUGCCAUCGACAAGGUGGUGGUAACCAACACUAUUCCUCAUGAGCAUCAGAAGCUGCAGUGUGCUAAGAUCCAGACGGUGGACAUCAGCCUGAUCCUCUCUGAAGCCAUCAGACUAAUUUACAACGGAGAGAGCAUGUCCUACCUGUUCAGACACAUCGGACUGGAGGACUGAACACACACACACACACACACACACACACACACACACACACACACACACACACACACACACACACACACACACACACACACACACACACACACACACAC